AUGAGCCUCGACAAAUUCAACCUGCCCAGCUCCAUGCGGGCAUUGGAAUAUGCCUCUGCCCGCAACUUCUCCGUCGUCACGAAAGCCCUCCCCCCCGUCCGCCCCCACGACGUCUUGAUCAAAGUCAAGGCCUGCGGCGUCUGCGGCACCGACGUCCACAUCCACCACGGCGAGUUUGGUGCCGUCUUCCCUCUGGUGCCGGGCCAUGAGACGGUGGGCGUCGUCGCUGCGUUUGGCAGCGCGGUGUCUGGCUUUGCGGUGGGCGACCGCGUCGUCGCCGACAACUCGGAGGUGUGCGCGUCGUGCCACUACUGCCGGCGCGGCCAAGAGCUGUUUUGCGAGCGCUUCGUCGCGCACGGCGUCGUGGUCGACGGCGGCUUUGCCGAGUACGCCGCGUACCCGGCGCAUCGCGUCUUUUCGCUCCGCGGCGACGCGCUGACCGACGCCGACGCGACGCUGCUCGAGCCGGCCGCGUGCGCCGCCCACGGGCUCGACCGCAUUGCGCCCGCGAUGGGCUCGACCGUCCUGGUGUUGGGCGCGGGGCCCACGGGGCUCGUGCUGGCCCAGAUGCUGCGGGCGAACGGCGGCUGCCGCACGGUGCUGGCCGCGCCGCCCGGCCCGAAACUGGACGUGGCCCGGUCGCUCCAGGCGGCCGACGAGUUUGUGGAGCUGCCCCGCGACGCGGCGGCAUCGGCCCAGGCGCUGGCGGCGCUCCGCCGCGACAACCCCUACGGCUUCGACAUUGUCGUCGAGGCCACGGGCAGCGCGGCCGUUCUCGCGCAGGCCAUCGACUACGUCGCCAAGGCCGGCACGCUCGUCGUGUACGGCGUGUACAACGACGCCGACACGGUCGCGUUCGCGCCCAACAAAAUCUUCAAAGCCGAAAUCACCAUCCUGGGCUCGUUUAGCCAGACGCACAAGUUCCCCGCCGCCCUUGACUACCUGACGCGCGGCCGCGUCGCCGUCACGGGCAUUGUCAACAAGACAUACCGGAUCGAGCAGUGGCAGGAGUGUCUGGACGCCAUGGCCAACAAGACCGUCAUCAAGGCGGCCAUUGUGUUUGAUUAG